AUGGCAGCGUCCGCUCUCUCCGAGACCGACAUCAGGUACCGGUCCAUGGCGGAGGAGGAUCCGAACGGGAAUGAGCACGGGGCGGCCGCACGCAGCGCGGCGCCCCGCUGGGGACCGCAGCACGCCGGAGCUCGACAGCUGGCGAGGCUCUACUCUCCCGGCAAGCGGCUCCAGGAGGUGCUGUGUGUGGUUCUGUGCCUCCUCCUCUUCCUCAUCAACCUCUCGUUCCUCCUCCUCCACUUCUCCACCGUCCACAUCCAGUGGGUCGUCCUGGGCGUCGUCCUCGGGAUGGUGACGGCAGACUUUGCGUCGGUGGUGGUCCACUGGGGGGCCGACACCUGGGGAUCCGUGGACAUCCCUGUUAUUGGCAAGGCCUUCAUUCGACCGUUCCGGGAGCACCACAUCGAUCCCACCGCCAUCACUCGCCACGACUUCAUCGAAACCAACGGGGACAACUGCAUGAUCCCCAUCCUGCCACUGACCCACAUGGCCGUCAAGUUCCUCACAUACACACCAGAGGCCCUGGCGGCGUCCUAUCCCUGGGACUGCUACGUGUUCGCCCUGGCUGUGUUCGUCACGCUGACCAAUCAGAUUCACAAAUGGAGUCACUCGUACUUCGGCCUCCCGCGCUGGGUCACGCUGAUCCAGGACCUGCAUCUGGUGCUGCCACGGAAACACCACCGCAUCCACCACGUCUCACCACACGAAACGUUUUACUGCAUCACCACAGGCUGGUGUAACUAUCCACUGGACCAGCUGGGCUUCUGGAGACGGAUGGAGCAGGUGAUUGAGAACGUGACGGGGACGAGGCCGCGGUCAGACGACCUGGCCUGGGCCAAGAAGACCGACUGA